AUGUACUCCCAGCUCUGUCCAUACAUCCUCUGGGUCCUGCUGCUCCUCAGCAUCCCUGCUGCACACACGGCAAAAUGUCCAGAGGAGUGCGUCUGCGACCAGAUCCAGCUCACUGUGACCUGCGUCAACAAGAACCUGACCCAGGUUCCUCCCACUGUGGACGAGAUCACAGUGAAAUUAGACCUCAGAGGUAACGACAUCCAGGAACUUCCCACCAGGGCUUUCAAACACACCCCCUACCUGACUCACCUGUCGAUGCAGCGCUGUAACAUCCGCAGGGUAAAGGAGGGGGCUUUCCGCGGCCUCGGCCGUCUGGUCUUCCUCAACCUGGCGAACAACAACAUUGAGAUCCUCUACCAGGAGUCAUUCGACGGCCUGUCCUCGCUGAAGCAGCUUAUGAUCGACCGCAACCGUGUGGAAGAGAUCCAGCCUGGAGCUUUCACUCAGCUCGGCUUCCUCAACCUGCUCUCCCUUACACACAACCAGCUGGUCUACAUCCCCAACAUGGCCUUUCAGGGCUUGCAGAACAUCAAAUGGCUCCGUCUCAGUCACAACUCUCUGAACUACCUGGACACAGAGGCCUUCGCUGGUCUGUUCACGCUCACCCGUCUUAGUCUGGACCACAAUGAGCUGCAGUUCUUCCCCUCUGAGACCAUGACCAGACUGCCAGAGGUGACCCGUCUCGAUCUGAGCUACAACCCAAUGACUUACAUUGGAGAAGAGGUGGUGUCCAUGGCCAAACUGACCCACCUCUUCCUGGACCACAUGUCCCUGCAGGACCUAUCCAACACAGCUGUAUCGAAAUCCCCCAGCCUCGUCCACCUGGAUAUCAGCUACAACCAGCUACGUGUCAUCCAGCCCUUCUCUGAAGGUUCACCCAAUCUGGCACGCGUCAACCUGGCUGGGAACCCCAUCUACUGCAACUGCUACCUGCGUCCUCUCAGGGAGUGGGCGAUCCGUGGCAAGGUGAAGCUGAUGGGGACAUGUGGAGGACCGGCCCAUCUGUCAGGAGAGAACCUGGAGGCCGUUUACCCCCCUGAGCUGCGUUGUCAGAGCCAGGAGGCUAUGCUGAAGGCAGAGUUUGAGGAGGCAACCAGGAUCACGCCACCGCCCACCGUAGAGCCAGAGAACAAGGUCAAGUGUCCUGCCAACUGUAUCUGCGAGGCUGAGACACACCACUCCUCGUGUGAGAACCGCGGUCACACCAAAGUUCCUCGAGGUUUCUCUCCCACCACGCGUCUCCUUGACCUGCGUGGCAACCACUUCCACUACAUCCCUGGCAACAGCUUCCCUGGUGUUGCCCAGGUGGUGUCCUUACAUCUGCAGCGCUGCAAGAUCGUGGAGGUAGAGGGAGGGGCUUUCAGUGGAAUGAAGGGGCUGAUCUACUUGUACCUGUCAGAGAAUGACCUCACUUCCCUCAGCCCUGAUGCCUUUAAAGGCCUCCCUCAGCUGACUUACCUCCACCUGGAGAAGAACCGCUUCACCGGUUUCCCCAAAGGAGCCUUCAAACUGGUGCCCAGUCUGCUGGCGCUUCACUUAGAGAACAACGCCAUCACCAAGCUGGAGCCGGACACCUUGACCGGAGCCUCAGGCCUCAGAGCCCUCUAUCUCACCGGUAAUGCCAUUGAUCACAUGUCGCCCAGGGCUCUGCACCAGGCCAGUGACCUUGAUACGCUCCAUUUGGGAGGAAACAAGCUGAACGAGGUGCCCACUGAAGCACUGAGCAAGACGGGAAACCUCAGAGACCUGAGGCUGACUGGGAAUCCCAUUCGGUGGGUGGGGCCAAAUGCCUUUCGACCACUGGAGAGGUCACUGAAGGAGCUGUAUCUGGAUAACAUGGGACUGGAGAAGAUGUCGCAGAACUCCCUGGCAGGUCUGGGUCCAGGGUUGAGGAGUCUUUUCCUGGAGGGCAACCAGCUGGAGGAGUUGCCUAACUUCCACCCCCUCACUUCUUUGGAGGUCAUCAACCUGGCCAACAACCCUCUGAUGUGUGACUGCCCUCUCCUGCCACUACGCUUGUGGAUUGAGAAAGUCAACCUGAAGGUACGAGCCACUUGUGCCAAUCCCCCUGAGCUGAAGGGUCGCAGGGUCAAGGACGUCCACGUCUUCAGAGCCUGUCCAGGGGGCGAGAGCCUCCCCUCCGCCCCAACAGUCACCCCAAAGCCCGCCAAGGCCCCCAAAGCCACCAAACCCAAACCAAUGCACCUCAACAGCCUUCGGCAAGUCAAAAUGCUCAAAGCCAAAUCCAAAUUUCGUAAAAGCCCCAACACAAAACCGGCAGCAGCCAAGAAAACCACCAAGAGACGCAGCAUGCCCUGA